AUGCCCGCUCCAGCAUUCACAGCAGCAGCCGAUGACUGGUCCUCGAACACUGACCGCACGAUGAUUCCACAGAAGCAUAUCCCCACGAAGGCAUUCGUGGUUGAGACGCCAAAAUCUCCAUUUGUCCUGCAACAUGUUGUUUUGGACGAAGUGCGGGACAACGAAGUCUUGGUCGAGAUGAAGUAUACUGGGCUAUGCCACACGGAUAUUGUUGUGCAAAACGGGGCUAUUCCCGUUGGAGACUACCCUGCUGUUCUGGGCCACGAGGGAGCUGGUAUCGUCCGCCGCGUUGGUAGCGGAGUCAAGGACAAGAGCCUCAGCGAGGGCGACCGAGUAUUCCUCAGCUUCACAACCUGUCGCAGCUGCACGCCAUGCCAGGAAGGACGACUUGGAUUCUGCCGCCGCUUUACUGAAAUCAACUUUGGUGGCGUUCGUGGCAUUUCCGCUGCAGAUUCACCCAUUUCUUCAACCGACGGAAAGCGUAUUCGUGGACAAUUCUUUGGACAAUCAUCAAUGAGCAAGCUUGCAAUUGUUCCAGAAACGUCAAUUGUCAAAAGUCCCACGGCUUCUGGGGUCACCGAUGCAGACAUGGCCUCGCUGGCUCCGCUAGGAUGUGGAUAUCUCACGGGCGCAGGCACCGUGUUGAAUGUUUUGAAGCCCACAUCUACAACCCGACUCGCCGUAUUGGGUAUGGGAGCAGUUGGGUUGGCAGCUUUGAUGGCUGCUCGGGCACAGGGGGUUGAGACCGUUAUCGCGGUGGAUAUUGUCGAUGCGAAGCUGGAGCUAGCUACUUCCUUAGGGGCCUCACACACUUUGAACACAAAGAAGGUCUCUGAUCUAGCACAAGGUCUACAUGACUUGUUUCCAGAUGGUGUAGAUCAAAUACUUGAUACGACAGGAGUGGUUCCUCUCCUUCAAUCUUCGAUCAAAGCGUUGGACCACGGGGGCACGUUGGCUAUCGUGGGUGUUGCUCCGCUUGGAGCAUCAUUGACUAUCGAUCCUCUAGAGUUUAUGAUGAAUUGCAAACGUAUUGUCGGUGCCAUCGAGGGAUCUGCUGACCCGAUCACGCUAUUGCCGCAACUGAUCAACUGGUACAAAGAGGGCAAGUUCCCAGUCGACAGGUUGGCCAAAGUCUAUGAUGUAGAUUGUCUAGAACAAGCAUUGGAAGAUCUGCACUCAGGAAAGGUCAUCAAGCCGGUGCUCAAAUGGGCGGACCUUUGA